UCACGCCCCCUUCACUGCCCAUGCUCCGUGUGGGCUUUUCCUGUUCUGACAUUCCACCUACGGGAAGUAAGCAGCAGCAGUAGUAGAGACCCAGAGGGGAUGGAGUGAAAGGAAAGAAACAUGGAUCCCGCUGAAGAUAAAACGAGCAAAGCUGUCGACAUUUACCGCGACACAUGGGUCCGCUUCCUCGGUUAUGCCAAUGAGGUUGGGGAGGCCUUUCGUGCUCUGGUGCCAGUGAGUCUGGUGUGGGGCAGCUAUGCUGUGGCCACUGCAUACGUUACUGCUGAUGCUGUGGACAAAGGGAAGAAAGCAGCUGUGGCCCACGGGGAGAACCCAGGGAAGACGACACGGAUAGCAGUAGCAGUGGUGGACACGUUUGUGUGGCAGGCCCUCGCCUCUGUGAUCAUCCCGGGCUUCACCAUUAACCGAGUGUGUGCCACAUCGCUCUACCUGCUGGGCAGAACCACCAGGUGGCCUCUGUCUGUCCGCAAGUGGACCACCACAGCUAUCGGCCUCUCCACCAUCCCCUUCAUCAUCACUCCUAUAGACAGGUCAGUGGAUUUCCUGCUGGAUUCGAGCCUUCGGAAAGUCUACAAUGAGGGAGAGAAGCACGAAUGAGGAGGGACGCUGCUGGUCCAGUGUACACAGACCUGUGCUGAUUAUCCACCACUGUGAAGCACUAAAGACGUGUACAGAAGGAUUUCAUGGAGAAAGAUUUCACAGUUAGUCAAAGACACAUUAUAAAUAUAUUUCUGAAUUAUAUAUAUAAAAAGGUUUUAGUAGUUUAGUUGUUAAAAGUGAAAUCCUGCUUUGUGAAAUGUCCCUCUAGGGAUCCUUAACUUUAACCUUUCAGGGCAAUCUGGGUAGCAACACCAAAAAAAGGUUUAAAAAGGAACGUAACAUGAUGAAAAAUACAGAGAGACACUACUUCUAUAAAGAUUCUUUAGCAGGGUCACAGUGUACGGUUAUAUUCCUAUCGUAGUGAAUACUGCCUCCGAGGUUGCCCUCAAGCAGUUUCUCUGCCUGGCAGAGCCUCACCUCAUGAGAUUAAUUACAAACCAGCCAUAUUCUGUGAUACUGUAACAACAGGCCAAAAAGCCAGUUUGCAAUGAUGUCCCUCUUUAUCUUCUCCCACUAUAACUUUGUUAUUGUGUUCUUUUUUUCUUCUUUGUGUUAUUUGGAAUUGUUGUUACUUCCGAUACACUUUUCCAUUGUUAUAUUCUGCCAUAUUGUUGGCCUUGGGAGCCAAGAUUUGCACUGGGAGCAUUGUUUUACACCACGAUUACAGUCCAUAUGAUUCUAUAUAUAGUCUAUAUUACACUGUAUAUGGUUCUACCAUCAGGUAGUAAUGUGCAAACCCUUAGACAAUCCUGGUUUAGUAAUACUGUGACAUUCUGUCGUGUGAAAACAUUAGAAAUCCCAGAUUAGUUAUUUUAGAUUUACUCUUACAUGCACCAUGACACAGUGUGGCCCAGCUGGCUUCAGAUUAUUGUUUGACAAUAUAGUGUUGAGCACACAGUUGGGUUAAAUUACAUCAGCGAAAAAGAUUAAAGCUAGGGUUGGUAAUCCUUGAAAAGGAGCGCGCCACAAAAAAAAUUGAACCGAUACGUCCCAGCCCCUCCCAUCAGCCUCUCAAAGGCACGCUCCCAAAAUAAGACUCCGGUCAGGUGCAGUGAGAGCAUGGGCAGAGAGCAGGCAGGUCAGUCAGUGAUAGACAAGAAUGCCAGCCAAUGAUUUCAUGUCAGAGUGAAAUGAGCACUCAUCUUUAUUACACUUUGGCGAGGGCCACAGAAACCAGCUUUCUACAUACUUCUUUAUUUAUUAAUGGCCACCAGGACGUGAAGGGGAUUUCAACAAUAAGAUGAAGUGUUUCAGAAACAACUUAGCAACCCUACCUUAACCCAUGAGAUGUUUAAGUGUCAUACAAAUAAUCUGAAUAGCUUUCUGCCUUGAUGCAGAAAACUCAUCUAGUAUAAGCACAUUAUAUUUAGCAUUGCACUCCGUAAAUGCAAAUUAAAGUCUAUGUAGGGGAUGGUUUAAGGGGUUUCUUUAGUAAUAUACAGAUACUGUCUGUAUAUGAGGCUUUUCUUUUCUUUUUCUUUGAGGAGCCAGAUAAUAAACUGUAUCUCAUGCUGAACUAUGCAACGGGAAGUAAGGUAUUAGUGUACAUACAUGAGCUUUGCAAAUUAAAAGGGAUUUGGUAAAUCAGUUUCAUGAGCUGUUGCUUCAAGACAAAAGUGAAACAUAUUGGGAAUCACUGUUAUCCAUUUUCUUUUCUGUCAGUAUACACCAGUGAACCAUUUUAGCAAUAACUUCAGUUCAAUGUGUUGCACCAUAUUCUCUUUGCUAUGAAGGAUGUGGUUGUCUGUCAUGGAGGGAGAUUUGCUGACAGAGACGAUUGUGAAAACUGGGGAGGCACAAGUUGCCAUUAUUUCUACAUGCUGGUACUGUUCACUCUUGCAACCUAUUUAAUAGCAUUUUAUAAUCACAUCAGGUCACAAAGCCAUUUAAACAGUGAUUAUGUUUUUUUAUUGGCUUUUUAAGUGAUUGAAACACAUGUCCUCAGGGUUCCAGUGUAUGUAGCGUUGGAUAUUAUCACCCACUUGACUUUUUUCAUGUGAAUUUGGUUUGUCUUAGCAGAAAAAGCAAAGAUAUGUGUACUAAAGGCUCCAGUAUCGACACCUUAAAGGUUUAGUGUGUAAGAUUUAAGUGAAAGGGAUCUUUUGGUAGAAAUGUAAUAUAAAAUAAUCCUAAUGUUGUUUUCACUAGUGUGUAAACAUCUAAAUCUUUACGCUAGAAUGGACCCUUUAUAUUUAAAUACUAUAUAUUUAGGAGCAGGUCUUGUCUACCAACUGUUUACAAACUGGACAAACUAAACACCUUUGGAGUUUUAAUGACAACUGAAGGCUGCCACAGGUGAGGGAUGUUCAGCUGAAACAUACAAGAUGUCACUAAAUUCUACACACUGAACCUUUAAUGGAUUAUUGGUUAUGAGUUGAACAUUCGCUUUUUUCUGCUAUGAUAUGUCAACAUGUCUCCACUGAAGAAAAGCAUAUUGGUGCUUCCCUUGUGAAAACUCAAAAUAAUUUUUAACAUUUCAGAUUUUACUCACAACUUCACUGUAUUUUUAUUGUUGCGUGCUGCAAAAGAAAAAGAACGGUUUACUUUUUUUGGAACAUUUAAUUUUUGAUGUUUUCUUAUGUGGUGGUGUGUUUGAAAGUGUGUUUUUAUGUGUCACAUUUUCACUCUCAACUGGAAAAAAACCUCAGUUGUUUGCUGUUGUUCACAAGAUGGAGAUUAUUUUUCGUGAAAGCUGCUGUUAAAUGCUCCGUGCUUUACAGCCGACUCCAAAAUAUUCAGCAAUCCUCGUAUUCUGUAGUAACUUCUGAGACACUGGAGACAAACAACUUGUAAAUCUGUCAUGGAAUAAAUUAUGUAAUGA